CUUACUUGGUGGAUGAUGCUUUGCGUUACGCGGAGGACGUUGAAAGUUAAUAUCGAACAAUGAGGCUGAAACGUCGGGCGCUUGGGCGUUCCAAAAUCACUGUCCGCCAUGAACCGAAGUACCUAUCCAACAUCUUCAUGUCGCAGAAGUCCACGGCGACCUGGUGCUUCGAAUUCACCUCCUUCGCCAUCCGCUUCCAUUCCCCGAACGCACUAAUCAUCAAGCUCCUGUGGUAGAAGGACUCUGCGAUCGCGAUCCUCGUUUCACACACCGUCUCGGUCUCCGUUUUCCAGAGCACGAACAUCCUCCUGACCAGGUUGCACCUGUACCAAUCGUCCGCCUUCUUCGCGUUGCUCUUCUUCUGCUCGACGAGGGUGGACAGCGGGUCGAUCAGAUACCGGCGCAGUAGGUACCUGCGAUGAAACUGGUCCGCGACAUUGUUCAGUCUCUUUUGUCUCUCAAUCUCUCUGAGUCUGUUCUGCUCCUGUUCUCGUCGGAGUCUCCUUGCCUCAGCUGCAGCCUGCGACAAACGCACGAAAAAUCCCGAGGUGAAAUUCAUGCUCUGCUAUCGCGCCAACACCAUCCGAUCCAUCUCACUAUCUGACCUCUUGCUGCAAUCUCCUCUUCGUCUGCUCCUCCUCCAAUAGAGCAGCCUCCUCUCGCUUCUUCUGUUCCUCGAGCUUCAUCCUGCGGGUCUCCUCCGCCAGUUUUAUCCUCUCUCGCCUGGCCUUCGCACGAGCUUCCAUCCUCCACAAGAACUUGGGCGGAUCCGGCGCUUUGUGAGACACCAUCAGGCUUUCGUCCCUUGUAAGAGGAAGACACCAUCGAUUGGCUCUCAUGAAUAAUUACUGAAUAGUUACCUGUAACCAGCCUGUUGCAUCAACUGGAUCAACGUCCUUCUGGUCAUCUUCCCGCAGAGGGUCAGCGUCUCCUUAGCUAUGUCGACUGUCUCUCUCUCGGCCUUGUAAAUCUCCUUCUGUGCCUCCUUCAACUUCAGCUCCUCGAUGAUCCUUCUCUGCUCCGCCAAUUUGGCUCUCUGAUCAUCUAUGAUCCUCUUCUGGGCGAUCAGUCGGCUCUGAGCCGGUGACUCGACCACAACAGGCCUCAAAACGAUGCUCUUCUUUCUCAUGACACUGAUCUCUCUCGUGACCACAUCGUCCUCUCUGUUCCUCGAUUUCUUGGUCUUCAUCAGAUCCUUCUGACGCUCCGCGAUCGCGCUUAUAAACAGCUCGAUCUUCCGCUCGUCCGAGACUCCUGGAUCCUCUUGCAGCUUUUCAAGCAUCCUUGCGUUUCUCGCGUGUGUUCUCCAGGCGUCGAAGUACUUCCUUGUCAGCCUCAAGGUUACACUCUCUUGAAUCUUCGUCCUGAUCUCCCGCAGUCGACGUUCCUCCUCCGCGUUCUCCCGCAGAGCGUCAAAGCACUUCCUCAGGACAUCUAAACGAUACAGCUCGGUCUCGGAGCUGGGCUUAUCCGUGAUCAUCACCUUGAUGUUCCCGAAGUGCGACAAUUCUUGCUCCGUUGUCUCCGGACCCUCCUUCCUCUGUACCUUCGUUGAGGAGUCAUCCAACUCAUCAGUUUUUGGAGCAGAAUUCAUAACACUCUCCAAACUGCAGCUCCUUUCAGUGCUCUCCUCGAAAACGAGCCGCUAAGUAUUAUUUUUCUAUGAGUUGUGGAUUCAAUGGAAUGAUUAAUUUAGGACCCACCUUGCGCCGGGUCCUUCUGCAAGACCCCCAGAACUCCUCGUCGUCCGAGGGCGCGAAACUCUUUCUCUUGCAGGUGUAAGGGCCGGAGAACUUCGGCCGGGAUUUGAGCACUUCCGCCUCGAAUCUCCUCAGCUCCCUUUCCAGAUAUCGUUGCUGUUUCUUCAGGAACGACUGCGUCUCCUCCUCCUGUGCCAAUAAUCUGAGAAUUCGACGGUUUGUUUUAAUCCAUCCGGAAUGUUUUAAUUAGGUAACGUCAUACCUCUUCGCCUCCGCGAAGACCGAGCAUUUCGUGGGAGAAGCGGACAAGUCUUCGCGGAGGAUCCGAUGUCUCGCAUCCAUGAUCAAGUUCGGAUCGAGGAACGUCUUCCUCUCGUCCUGUGUCAUUCGGUGCUUCUCCGAGGGCUGGAAAAUGUCCACAUUCAUCAUCCGAUCCAUCAAAUCGGUCAGCUGGCUUGCGUGUGUCAUGGCCGGUUUAUUUUUAACGUUAUAAUUCGCGAACACGAUAUACGUAUGUAUCGAAACCGUGUACGGGUCUCGUGUUGACGCGUUGUUGUUUCGUUGUUAAGGAAAGUUAUGGAAGAUACCCCCUAUACACGCAGCUGUGCCUCCCCAACCCCAUUCAUAAGUCAGGGGGUGGAGGCAAAUGAUGGAGGACGCCAUCGGUUUGCUUCGCCCUCGGAAAUCUACCCCUCACGCUUCAUCAUUUUAUUACUGCUUGUGUAUAUGUAUUUGUUAGAAACUAGAAGAAAAUAUUUCACUCAAUAGUAACUCUAAAUGUGUCUUGCAUAAAACGAUUCUAUGCACUUUCGAAUGCAGCGAUUCUUUUACGUUUAAAUAAUUAUAUGUAGACAUUUAACAUAUGUUAUCAUAUAACACACGUUAAUUAGACUCUCGGGAAAUAUAAUUGAUAAUUGUCGACUGAUUAAUAAAUAUUAAGAAGUGAAACGGAUAUGAAUUCAAAAUUCUUUGUAAGUCGAGCUCGCUCUACUGAUCUCGUUCGACGAUUCGAAGUUUUCCCGCCGUUGCAGCGGUGCUCAGCCAGCAUUAUGAAAUUGAUAACGUCGAUUGUUGACGAGUUAGUGUGCCUGCAGCAGGUGCAUCACAUCACAGGACAAAAAGUGCGUCGUCUUCGAAAACUUAUGCAUUGAGGAUGCAGGUAACGGACGUUACGAUAUCCCUGGUGCAAGACGAAAACUAAAAUGAAUCCAAGGGGCCCUCCUGAGGGGGCCCCUGUUAGUUCCUUUGAGAUUCCAAACAUUGAGAAAGUGUCUGACACCUCGGUAAAUUGGCCUGCAGAUCAUUCCCUCCACUCGUCGGUGUGUGACCAAUCCAAAAAGAUGAGUAACAAGUUGUUAUUUUUGACUGUGGAGUACGUGGAAGAUCAGUCCAGAGAAUAUCCUCGACUAUUUCCAACUUACGAACAGGUCUCCUUCUCCCCUAGAGCUACCUCCCCGCUCUCUGAUUUCGAGCACCGUGUCAGUCCUCUUGAUCCCAAUAUGAGUUCAGCAGCUAGGUAUUCUCCUACUCCUGUACAACUUCCACCAUCUCCUUUUCAUAAUUCUGUUGUUGUUCUGCAAGGUCCAUCUUCUCCUCUAAUAUCCCCACCUGAGUCCAAUGAGAGAACCAAUGUCAACUAUGUCUCUCAGUUGAGUCAUCCAAUCGAUACACAGACUGUACAACAAACAGACAAUACACCUGACUUUGUUGCCAAUGAGAACGAGGAGCAAUUGGUUUCCAGUGUUGGCAGCGAAUUGAUUUUGAUGCAAGAGACUAAUUCUGGAUUGGAAUCCCCGGCUGCUCCAUUGAUGUUAACAGGAAUGCCUAGCACGGAUUUUACGCUGAGCAGAGACUUUCUCGUGAUGCAAGACGAUCAAAUGAACGUUAUGAAUUCGUUCAAAGCUCAAAACAUAGACGUGGACGAUACCACCUUGUCUUCUGCUGCAGAGAACUCGAAUAAAGAAAAUAAGGCGGAUACUUUGACGGUACCGAAGGAUCAGGACAUGAACGAAAUUUUGCUAAACACCGAGGAGAAAAAAGAAAGCGAAAAGCAGAAUGUCAGACGUUCCAAGCGUCGCAUAAACGAUAAGAAAAAUGCCUGCUGCGACGAAAGCGACGACGUUUGCACCGGAGACAAUUGUCCAUCGCACAACGUGUGCACCAUAGCGGAUCAACCUGUACCAGCUCGUGCUAUUGCAACACUGCCAGGAUCGUACCUCUCCAUAAAUAAGCUAUCCAGCUCUGAUAUCGUAUCGGGCGGUUCAGACUACGGAAUAUUCGCGAAACGUUAUAUACAGAAACGUACCCAAUUUGGUCCCAUAGAAGGUAUCUUGUAUCCCUACGAUGGUACCCCAUUUAAGAACGAGUUGCCGUUGCUCUAUGAAACCGAAAACGAGGAGCUACUUAAAGUAGACGUUUCGAACGAAAAUGCUUCGAAUUGGAUGCGUUUCGUCAGGCCUGCAUUGACAUACAAAGAACAGAACUUAGUAAUUUGCCAACAACGUGAUAGAAUAGUAUUUUUGACGACGAGACACAUCCUACCGAAAGAGGAACUGAAGGCUGGUCCUAGUACCGAAUACGCGAUUCGCAGGAAUUUAACAUCGUUAAAACCCGUGCAAGAGACUAAGGACGAUAAAGAUUCAAAGAGUCAAUUGUCCUGGCCGCGGCUAGAGGACAAUCAUUCUCGUCGCGUGAAAGUAUUCCACGGCAGGAACUUGAAGGAGAAAGAAAAUUCGAGGCAGAACAAUUCGAAGGAGUGGAAAUGUUUGGUUUGCGGGCUGAUCUUUCGGAAACCGGUGUUGCUUAAUAUACACAGCCUUGCUCAUGGUACGGAGAAAAUGAAAACGAAGAUACAGAACAUCACUUGCCCGCAGUGCGGACUGCGAUUCCAGAAACAAAAGGAGUUGGUCAGUCACGUUUAUCAACAUGGACGAUUGUCGGCAAAGAGAUUGGCUCAUUUGUCCACGUACAAGUGCUCAAUGUGCUACAAGCGUUUCGCCACAAAAGUACGGCUGCAACAGCACUGUUUGGUACAUGGCGCCGAAGACCAAAAACCACUGCCAUGCAACAUCUGCUUCAAACGAUUCAUGAACAAUUCGGCGUUGUCCUGUCACCUAAAAACUCACCGAGAGAACAAGCAAGUGUUCGAGUGUCCCAUGUGCCGGCAGCUGUUCAGCCAGAGUAUCACGUUGAAAGAUCACAUCGAGACUCAUAAAAAGGAGGACGGCACCUUUUGCUGUCCUUACUGCCAAAGAAUAUUUAUGAAAUAUUCCGUAAUUCGUAAGCACAUUAGAGCGCAUCAUUGCGAGAGGAAGCACAAGUGUCAGGUCUGCGCGAAACGCUUCGCCACGGUGGACAAACUGCAGAUGCACUUGCUGAAGCAUUCCGAUCACAGAGAGUUUCACUGCGCCAAUUGCGGCAAACAAUUCAAGAGGAAAGACAAACUGAAGGAACACAUGACCAAACUGCACAAUUCGCAAACAGCUACCGAGGAACAAAUGACGCAAGUUACACAGACCAAGAAAUUCGUUCCGAAGGUGAAUCCGAACGAUUACAAUCGCUUCAUUUACAAAUGUCAUCAAUGCCUGGUGGGCUUUAAACGAAGAGGAAUGCUCGUCAACCAUCUGGCGAAACGUCAUCCCGAUGUUGCACCGGAAUCUGUCCCAGAAUUGAACUUGCCGAUUUUACGACAGACAAGGGAUUAUUACUGUCAAUAUUGUGAUAAGGUCUACAAAAGCAGUAGCAAACGUAAAGCACAUAUCAUGAAGAACCAUCCGGGAGCCGCUUUACCACCGAGCAACAGACAAAAGGAGUCCGAUUACUCUGAUUUACCCAACCCAACGUUUAGCCAAACUGUCGGUAGCAUCACCACCACUCCUCAGGGUUGCCAAUGGUGCCACAAACAAUACGCUAGCAAGGCGAAGCUGUUGCAACACCAACGGAAAAAACACUCGAACCUGAUGGAACCUGCGGAUCAAGUGCCACGGUCCCGGAAUCGGCAGCCACAGAACCAGAACCAACCGCCAGUGCUUAUCGAGGAUCAUUUCGUGCUGUCAGAUUACAUCCAGGCGUGCGAUACAAGUUCCGAGUUCUUCAAACCGAAAAUAAUCAAACUGUCCGAUGAUGUUGAUCUGAUAAGCAACGGGUUGGAACUGGUCGGGCAACAGUUUGUCCGUAUGCGCGACAUACGUUGAAACGAGCCGUGGCAGCCUCGACACGGGGUCUUGUCAAUUUACUGAGAUAUGAAUCUCAUGAAAUUUGUGCACGGUAGAGGAACACUGUGCUUUUUGCUGUGGUUGCCGAAACACGGAGGCCAUCGUGGUUGGUCGGGUACGCAAUUUCGGCUCCGCAGCUUUGUCGUGGGCGCAAGUGCGAAACACUCGGCGCCCAUUUGUUGGUUGUUAGACGGUUGCCGACAACGAACGUCGUUGCGGCCUUGGGAGAAGUAUUGGAAAACUUUGUUGGAAACGGAGUAUACACGCACUAUUUUCUGGACAACAAACCUUUCAGCCUAACAGGGCAAAAAACAGAAACGAAUAACAAAAAACGAUUUAACGCCUAAUGCUACACGCACACGUACACGUACACAAAAACGGGUAAAAACACACACAUAUACACAAACACGGAGAUUUAAGACUAAAAACACAACAGGGAAACAUGUAGUUGUUGAGAUCCUUUGCUCAAGCUGUUACGAGUACAGAGCGCAAAACAAAAAACUAAGGUA